AUGCAAAUCUUCAAUAUAGUUUGCGUGGAUACCGAGAGCCAAUUCUCGGACAAAUUUCCGAAUGAUCCCAUGUUCACCCAGCUCGAGAAACUUAGUCGCACCUUUUCUGGAGUCGUCCUUCAUGACGAUUAUGGCAUCGACGCAAGUUAUAAAACCCUCAUCGCAGAUGUAUCACACCUGGGGGCUUGUCUAUUAGUCGGUGUAAUCAUUCGUCUUCGGGAUUCCAGCUACUGCCGAGAACAGAACAGUGGGCAUGGGAAUCCUGUCAUCAAUCUAUGCAAGAUCCGGCAGGUUGUUUCUUCUGUUUUGGAAUUGUACAAGUUGCCUGCACUGUUGCGCAUUCCGCGGGCUGGCGAGGAUGUCUCACUUUCUGUUUCGGCGAAGGUUCUGAAACCCCAGCUGCGUGAAAUGUACUUCAAGUUAUCUGGUUUCCGGCCUAAGGAUUACAAUGUUCCCGGUGUAAAAUUCUGGGAGAAAAGUGUUGAUUUCAAUUAUAUAAGCAAUACGGGAGGUUUUGUUAAAUCGUAA